AUGCUGUGUCCGGCGCGUUGCUCUUGCUUCCUUUGCAGAGAGCUACAAUCUUGCCGCGCUGAUACACGUAAGCCUAAACAUAACAUGUGCGACAACUUCAUUCUAAAGAAGGCGGAGGCCUGGGAGCCUAUGAAGUUUAUACGAGGUGCCGCGAGGAUGUCAGUGCGACACUGGCAAAGCAGGGAACCAAUCUCGCCAGCCAAAACACGCGUGUCGCCGCAUAAGUCUACUAGUUGCGAACAGUUGUAUCAACAGUCAGACGAAGGGCCCUUUGCAAUGCGCAAAUCGCCCAGCACAGAUCGUGUCAAGCAAAUCGAACAUAAACCUAUUUUCAAAUUACUUGGAAAUUCACGAUCUAAAAAAAAUAUUAGUGAUCAGGACGUCAGGAGAAGUGUUUUGAAUUUCAGGAAAAAUGAUACGCCUAGUUCCAAAAAUGUUCACGAAAAAUAUAUACCGUUGCAACGAGCAGCGUCACCACCAGAGCAUAUUUACAGUGAACCUAAGCAAUGGAGCACUCAAGACGACUGUUGCCGCCCACCUGUUUAUCAAAGCGUUGAGAAGAAAAUUGCAGCGAAUAAAGAAGCUGCGGAUAAAAAGAUAUAUAACAAUCGCCCUCCUUGCUAUGAUGAGUUAGCUGAAAGGCUGUCUCAUGAAAGAAGUAGAAAAGCUAAUAUACCUCUCACCGAAGGUGGAUUGGCCAAUAAAAUAACACAAAAUAACAAUAAAGUCGUUAUAUAUUUCGGAGAUUCCAUAAUUCGAAAGCAUAGUGAACAGAAGAAAGAAGAAGAUAAACAGAAGGAAAUGCAAAAAGAAGAAGCAAUAUAUGUUAAUAGAGAGAUAACUAGCGCAGAAAACUAUGAUCAAAACAAUGACGUUGAUAAAGGAGGAACGCAGCUGAUAUCUGAAAUAGAAGUACCAGAGGCUAUUUAUUCCGAAAUCAAAACUGAAGAUGUGAAAGAGGAUGAAGUGGUCAUCAAUGAUGGGACAUACAAAAAAGAUACUUUCGAAUCCACGAGCCCCGAUGGGUUCUUAGUAGUAGAAUUUGAAGGAAACUUUGAAAGAGCUCGUCAACUGGUUGAGCUUGUUCAUGGCAAUGGUCGAGUGGACCAAAACGAGGCUACCGUGUUGGAUCAGGAUGAUCAGUGCGACUGGAGUUUCAUCCAAGACUGGCGCAAACGGCCAUCAAGCGGGUGUCGGCCGGAGGACACGUGGUGCGCCAGCGUGUCGGGCGCGCGGGCGCUGCGCGUGCGCGUGGGCGGCGCGGCGGCGGCGCACGCGCGGCGCCUGUCGCCCCCGCCGCACGCGUACCGCGCCACCACCCCGCCGCCCCCCACCGACCCACCUGCUAAACCAAAUAUAGAAGAUCAACCUCCGACAUCACCAGAGACCCCCAGCGGGGCUCAGCUGAAGCCGGUGUCGGCGGUGUCACAAAUCACUGUCGCCAGCUCUCCAGUACGAAGUGCCCCAGUACAAAGCAGCUAUGCCCUGGAAAGGAGGACGAAGCAUGAACACCGUCCUGUUGAAACUGCCCCCAUACAGAAUGGUGUACGAGAGUGCAACAGUAGUUCUGAUGAGAACAGAUCGUCAGGACAUGCGUCGAUGUCGGACAGCGGUGGAGGUGACGCCGGCAGAGAUGAGCCGCGGAGAACUAGGCAACUCCCUCACGCUAGGACGAAGCAUCGACCACAUAAUAAGUUACAGUCUCCGUGGCCGGGCGGGGGCGGUCUCGAGGAUAUCAGGUCAGCCAUCAAACAACUGACGCUCCGGUCGCGGGACAGCAGCAGCACGGCCACCAGCGGAGCGUCCAGUGCGGGAGGUGGCAGUAAUAAUGGAGCACCAGAGAGUGGCAGUGCGGCAGAGGCCCGCCGCCGUCGCGCGCCGCUAGUGCGCCAGCCGUCCCUCGACACGGUGUGCACCAACGUCACUAGUGCUGACGAAUUUGUGUGGGUGGACUCGCACAAUAGGUUGGUCGAGCUCCGCUGUGUGCCGUGGACGCCGAGCGAGGUGAGCCGCGCGCUGCAGGCGGGGCGCUGCCGCGAGCUCACCAGCCGCAUGGCGCCCGACGCGCCGCCGCGGCUGGCCUACUUGUUACAGAGAGCGCUAGUGCGGAUAGCGCGGGAGGCGCAGCGCCUGUCGCAGAACUUCGGCUUCUGCUCCAAGCACGAGGUCGCCGGGGCCUUCCGCAUCGUGCUCAGCUCUCAGCUCGCAGACUCUUGCAUUAAGGGCUGCCAGCGCGCGGCGACGAUGUACGCGACGUCGGGUAGCGCGGCGCGGCGGCUGGGCUCGGCGGCGCGCGCGCGCACCGGCCUGGCGCCCGGCCGCUUCCAGCGCUGGAUGCUGGACGUGCGCGUCGCGCCCUUCGUGCACGAAUACGCAGCGAUCUACUUAUGCGCCGGCAUGGAGACACUCCUGGAGGAGAUAGCGCUAACAGCCGCGGGGUGCAGCGCGGGGGGUGCGCCAGGGGGUGCCGGGGGUGCGGCGGGUGUUGGGAGUGCAGCAGGAACGGGGGGUGCUAGUGUCACGCCCGCCGCCAUCGACCACGCCGUUGCUAAUACAGCCGACCUGUGGGGUCUGUUACAGCCCUACAGCCACCUCAAUGCAGGAAGAAUCGCUUCAGGAGCUCUAUCACUCUCAAGAUGGGAGUCAAUGAGCUCUUUAGGCUCCGGUUCAUCUCCCGGCGGUCCACGGACUGAACAGCGCCAGCUCGGAAUGAGUCAUGAUUCUGGCAUCACCACUAAUGGGUCCAGCGGAUCAGGCGCAUCAGCAGGCUCGAACAAUAGCGGCGGGUCCGCAGCGUCCGCAGCGUCGGGCGCGUCCGUGCUGCUGACAACGUGCGCGGGCUCGGCGGGCGAGCUGCGCGCCGUGCUGCGCCAGGUGCACCCGCGCCACCCGCCGCUGGCGCCCGGCGCCGAGCGCGCCUUGUACUACUUCAUGCGCUGUUCGCAGUUGGAGCACACGUCGAGCGGCGCGUCGGGCGCGUCGGGCGCGGCGGCGUGCGGCGCGGGGCUGUGGGGCGAGCGCGGCGCGGGCGCGCUGCCGCCGCUGGGCGAGUGGGUGCGCGUGGCGCGCGCGCACGCCGCGCUGCGUCCGCCGCCCGCCGUGCCCGAUGCCGACGACGUGCUGCAGGCCGCGCGCCUGCUGCUGCCGCACGCCGACUGCCCGCCCAGGCCGGUCACAUUAGAUGAAGCGAUAGAGCCAGCAUGGUCACGCUGCACGCGCACGCCCGACGAGCUGUCCCGUGCGGCGCUGGGCGUGGCGCAGCGGGCGCUGCUCAGCGGCCGCGCCGAGCUGGCGGGCGGCGUGCGGGCGCUGCUGCCGCCCGCUGGCAUCGACGCUGCUGAUGCUACUGGCUUGACUGCGCUGAUGAAAGCUGCGUUGGUUGGGGAUGAACAAGUUGUCGCUAUGCUGCUAGAAGCGGGCGCGGACCCCAACAUCGAGACGGCGGGCGCGGCGGCCACGCACUGCGCGCUGCUGUCCCCGCGCGCCUCGCACGCGCACGCGCCCGCACCCGCGCCCGCGCCCGCCGCGCCCGCGCCCUCCUACACGCCACCUACUGCUGGCUGGACGGCGCUAGUGUACGCGUGCAGCGGCGCGGGCGGCGGCGUGGAGGUGGCGCGGCGGCUGUUGGCGGCGGGCGCGCGCGUGGACGGCGCGGCGGCGCGCGGUGACGACGUCUGCACGCUCACGCCUUUGCAAAUGGCCUGCGGCGUCGGAAACUUAGAAUUGGUGCAACUGUUGCUAUCGCACGGCGCUGACCCGUUUCUCUCCACACAGUUAAAUGACGCUCUGUGUUAUUCGGCCGCGGCUCAAUAUGGUUGCUACAGCGCGGUAGCAGUGUGCUGCACGCACGGGCGCCGCGCGUGCCUGCGCGCAGCGGUGCGCGGCGGCGCGCGCGGUGCGGGCGGCGGCGCCAUCCUGUCGCUGGAGGAGGUGCUCGCGGAGGGCGCUCCGCCGGCCUCGGGCAGGCCGCCGCCCUUCACCAAACAGCAACAGAGAGCUUUACAAGACGCCAUGUAUUAUGCAGCUGAGACUGAUCAUUUAGAUAUAACACUGGAGCUACGCGCUUUGGGCGUGCCGUGGUCGCUGCACGCGUGGACGCUCUCGCUGGCGGCGGCCGCCGAGGCUUCAUUAGACCACGUCAUAGACCAGUUACUACAAGAUUUCUUACAGGUGUGCCCAUCAGACGACAGCCACUACAGCAAGCAGUUUAUCUACGAGUGCCUCCCUCUGCUUUUCAAUAUUUUACGUUACAGCAAGAAGGAGGGCACAGUCCUGCUGCUAGCAGACAUCCUGUGCGCGUGCUACGGCUGGGAGCCGGUGCCGCCGGUGCUGGAGCCGCCGCCCGCCGCGCCCGCGCCCGCGCGCGUCGACCCUUCCUACGUCAACAACCCCUCUCUCGCUGAUGUUACCUUCAGGGUGGAAGGUCGUCUCUUCUACGGGCACAAGAUCGUGCUGGUGUCGGAGUCGCCGCGCCUGCGCGCUAUGCUGGCGCCGCGCGAGCUGCCUGCCGCUGCCGCCCCACCGCUCGUGCAGAUAAAUGAUAUCAGAUACCAUAUAUUUGAACAAGUAAUGAAGUACCUGUACUCCGGCGGCUGCUCGUCCCUGGAGCUGCCCGCGAGCGACGUGCUCGAGGUGCUCGCCGCCGCCUCCUUCUUCCAGCUGCUGCCGCUGCAGAGGCACUGCGAGGCGCGCGCUGCCAAGUCUGUCGACCUGCACAACCUUGUGUCUGUUUAUAUACAUGCUAAGGUUUACGGCGCUACGCAGCUGUUAGAAUACUGCCAAGGAUUUCUUCUACAAAACAUGGUUGCGUUGCUCACAUAUGACGACUCUGUAAAAAGACUUCUGUUUGGCAAGCGUCUGCCUGGACACAAUGUACUCGGGGCUCUACUGACCACGCUACAAAAGAGAAUUGAAUCUAGAAAAACCCAGGCAAAAACGAGG